AUGUACGAAAUUGUAGAUUUUGAAAGCCGGUUGGUAUCUAUUUUGCCUAUUUGAAAGAAUUUAAAAUUUAGGCCAACCGAAAACGAGUUGAAAGUUGCAUGGCCUUACCCUAACUCAAAAAGAACUGUCGAAGGCGGAUGUGACGACAAAUUGAUCGAGAACGUUGCGUUCGGCAGAUUUAUUAUAAUCACGGUUUUUUCGGAGUUCAGAAGUUGACUGAUCUGAGCGAGAAUUCCUUGGGGACUGAUGGAGUCUUCAGAGCCAGAAUCGACCAAAAGACCCUCCUCUUCUCAAAAGAAAUAGAAUUCAUAGUCUACUUCCAAAAAGGUAUUUUUCGAUUUGUUCAUACGAGUUUUUUUUUUAAAUAGAAAGUGAGAAUUUCGAAAUGGUCGUCGUCCCUCAGUCAAAAGCGAUUCUCAUUCAACCAGGCUUCCUUUUUGCUGUUGAUAAAAACGAGUUGGUCAAAACUUUGAAUCGCCAGGUGGGUUGAUUUUUUAUUCAAACCGUUUUAUUGUGAAUCUUAGACGAAUGGUAUAGUUUCUGAACGUGAUCAAUUGGAUAAAACGAAAGAAGUGAAAGAAGUUGCUGGAAUCAAUGCUUCUUUCGUCAAAGAAACUGUUAGUUUUUGCCAUGAGUUUUUUUUUUCAAAAUAUACAUAUUUGAGAUUUCACUUGCCGAUGAAGACAGCUUGAACGAUCAUAAUUUGAUCGACCUCGAGAAAACCGAUGAGAAAUCAGAAUUCAUCAUUACGAAGAAACAACUGAAAAUCCUAGCAGUUAGUUCUUUUUCAGUUAUGCUGAAAAAUGUUUUUUUCUCUGGUUGUGCCUGCCAACUUCCCAGAGAGUACUGAAGAAUCUCAAGUUGGAGUUUUGAGAAAUACUUUUACAAUGGAGUGGGAGGACCAUCCUUCCGGCAAGCAAGUUCUGUUCACCGGUGAGUUUCUUUUCCUUGAAUUUGGACGUUUUUCCUCUGUAAGGAACUGGAGGCGCCUUGACCGAAGGAAAAGGAAAUCCAGGCGUGGUAUUCGAUCCCAACUCCAAUGAAGUUCAAGUCAACGUGAGUCUGAUUUUCGGGAUUUUUGAUCUUCGCUAUUUUCAGCUCCUGUUAAAAAGACCCGAUGGAACAUUUUUCAUUUCUUCAAAAUCGCCUUUCAUCAUGUUAGUUGCGGAGUCCGACAAAGAUGGCGAGCCGGAUAGAUCAACUUUGAAAGCCAUCAAGUAUUAUGACUUUUCUUUCUUGGUCUUUAGAAAGAUCCAAUUUUCUCGCAGACUUGGAUAGAAAUGAUUAAAAUUUUGAAAGAAACUGUUUAGAUUCACCGACGGGGUUCAACUAAAGGCUGACACUUGGCAUUCCGUCCCUUUUCCACUUCCAGAUGGUUCUUCGAUCGAUCUUAUCGAAAAGGUCUUUGCUUGACUUCUUCAACUUGAAAUUGAAUUCAACAAUGUUUCCUUCCAGGUCGCCGAGACAAAUGCCAACAUCGUCAUUAACGUGAACGAAGAAGCAGGAUCUCCAAUGCGAGUUCAACUUUAA